AUGCAGGAGCACGCCGUAGUGGACAAACAGUUCAAAUCGUUGGACGAAGUGCGUAAAUGCAUCGACGAUGUCUCAACUGCUUCGAAGCCUGCAGACAGCAGCAAGCAAGGUUUCCUGAUUGAAGCUAGCGUUUCAUGUCCAAGCCGUCACUGUAAUCAGGAGUACCAACACAAAACUUACAACAUUGAUGGCCUGACGCGUGGAAUGAAAGAGCAUAUCGUCGUUUUUCAUCCUGACAACGACGACGACGACAACAACAACCCGCUGCCACCGUCGUCAUCAUCUCACGAGCAGACGUGUGGACGAGGCUUAUUCGUCACCGGGGCCUCCGCGUGA